AUGCACUCAUCGAAAGAGGCGCCCUUGACCACGACAAGUGCAUUUCUAGGCGGCGGUAUUGCAGCUUGUGGUGCCGUCACGGCUACCCACCCAUUCGAGACUGUGAAGAUCCGCAUGCAGCUUCAAGGCGAGCUUCGAGCAAACGCGAUACGAGACCAGCAUUAUCGCGGGCCAUUUCAUGGCGUCAGCGUCAUUUUGCGACAUGAGGGUAUUCGCGGUCUCUAUCGCGGUCUCGGCUGCGCCUACAUCUAUCAGAUCCUCCUCAACGGUUGCCGUCUAGGAUUCUACGAGCCCAUGCGUGUCUCACUGGGCAAUCUACUCUACAAUGAUGAAAAGGUCCAGAGCCUCCCGAUUAACAUCUUAUGUGGCGCCACAUCAGGCGUGCUUGGCGCUGCCGCUGCAAGCCCAUUCUCCCUUAUCAAGACCCGUCUACAGAGUUGCUCAACGUUCUUCCCUGUCGGAACCCAGCAUCUAUACCGCAAUGCAGCCGAUGGGAUGGUUAAGAUUUACUGCACGGAAGGCAUCCCUGGUCUUUACCGUGGAGUAAGUGCUGCGAUGGUCCGGACGGGUUUCGGUAGUUCCGUUCAACUGCCUGUCUACUUCUUCACUAAGCGAAAGCUACAAGAGACAGCUGGUUUGGAAGAGGGAGUACUUUUGCAUCUUGGUAGUAGCGCUAUAAGCGGUUUCGCUGUUUGUUGUUUUAUGCAUCCACCAGACACCAUCAUGUCCCGCCUCUACAAUCAGAACGGUAAUCUGUACACAAGCAUGUUCGACUGUUUCUCAAAAACUAUACGAACGGAAAGCCUUUUCGCUAUCUAUAAGGGCUUUCUGCCCCAUCUCGCACGGGUUUUGCCGCACACUGUUCUUACACUAUCUCUGGCGGAACAAACGACCAACAUCAUAAGAAGGAUCAGCUACCACGCUGACUCCUCAUGGGUUGCAGAUGCAGACGUUAUGUAA